CGCAGCUGAGGAAGGCCAAUUAACCCAACAGCGAAUCAAAAGCCCAUUUCAGAUCAAUACCAAGAAGGCCGAUUCUCCCCGCCUAACACGACGGGAAACCUCAGCUCGAGCCGCCGCGCUCGGCUCCACCGGAAAUCGGCCAUGGCCACUCCCAACGCCUUUCCGCCGCCUUCCUCUGCCGAGAGGCGCUUCGAUUUCUCCUCCGUCUAUGUGCCUCCUCCGAGACUCUCCCUCACUUCCGAUCAGGUCAAGCACUGCUCCGAAGCUCUCAGGUUCUUCACCGACAAGCUCCGAGAUCCCGAGUCUAUCGCCCGUGAGUUCGCGCAGUUGCAGGCUAAUAGGAUACGGUCAUCGGAGAUGCAGCAAAGUUGUACUGUGGCCAUGAACGGUGUCAAUUUUGACAAAAACCGAUACAAAGAUGUUGUGCCAUUUGACAAUAACAGGGUUGUUCUGAAUCCAUGCAAAGAUUAUCGGUCAUCUGCAAGGGGAUAUGUCAAUGCAAGCUUCAUAAGGGCAUCUUCAUCGGAGAGCAUUUCUCAGUUUAUAGCCACACAAGGUCCUCUACCACAUACGAUGGAGGACUUCUGGGAGAUGGUAGUUCAACAGCAUUGUCCUGUCAUUGUGAUGCUUACUCGGCUGGUCGACAAUUAUAAGACGGUCAAGUGCGGAGACUAUUUUCAAGCAGAAGAUGGACCUCGAGAAUUUGGAAACUUAUGUAUUGUGACCAAAUGGAUAAAGAGUACCGACACUUCCUUAAUAUUGCGGAAUCUGGAGGUGAACUACAAGGAUUCUGAGGAUCCAGCUUUAUCGGUUUUGCAUAUUCAGUAUCCUGAGUGGCCUGAUCAUGGAGUUCCCAGGGACACUUUGGCUGUCCGCGAAAUAUUGAAAAGACUGUAUCAAGUACCACCUAGUAUUGGUCCAAUUGUAGUGCACUGCAGUGCGGGUAUAGGAAGAACUGGGACGUAUUGUGCGAUACAUAAUACAAUCCAGAGGAUACUCGCUGGUGAUAUGUCUGCUACAGACAUUGGUAAAACUGUAGCAAUAUUUAGGAGCCAACGCAUUGGAAUGGUUCAAACCAUGGAUCAAUACUUCUUCUGCUACAGAGCUAUUGUAGAUGAACUGGAAGAUCUAACCGCUGAAGCCCGUUCUGGAAGGAGCUCAUAAAAACAGGUUUCCAUGUGCAGCAGGGUGGCUUUGAAAAGUAAGAAGCUGCAAGUGCAGCGGCACAAUGAGUAAAGGUUGGUUGGGUUGUGUAAAUUCCGAGAUAUCGAUGAGUUAUCUCUAUUACGUUACAUGAAGCAAUACGAGUUUGCAGAUGCUCUUCCAAUGAUUGUUGUAUACUCUUGUUUGGUUUAUUUCCAUCUUUUGUUCAUGGUUCAUAAAUUAUUGCUCCCUCCGGGUUCUUGUGCC